GGGGAGCGGCGAUUGGGCGGUGCCCAGAGUCCCCGGGAAGAAGGCCCCUGGCGGUUGGGCAGUACUGGGUAAGGCUAGUUUUAAAGGAGCCGGAGGUGGGAGCCGUCGAAGACCCGGGAUCUACGGGAGGCGGCGGCUGCUGCCUGGGAUCCCCCAGGGACUCCCCGGAGCCGCUGCUUCCCCCAUGGACUUGCGCGGGGAUUCCAGCCCGGCUAGCCGUCCGCGUCUGUGCCGCCGGCCCGUGGAUGAAGCAUUAUGGGGAGCCAGGAGCCCGAAACGGCAGAGGCUGCAGCCUCGGGGGGCCCCUUCGCCAUUGGAAAAGGCCUCCCGGCGAGUCCUGGCUGUAGUGCUGGAAGAUAUCAUGGCAGCCCGAACGGCCCCCCGGGCCCCCCAAGAGGAACCUUCCACCCCGCAGCACCACAGGAACCAUCAGGAUUCAGUCUGCAGUCAAACACCUGCCUUGGCACCACAAGAAGCUCUGUGGGCCUCACAGGACAGACCUCCAGACCUGCUGCAUUUAUGCCGAGAGCCUUUGAGCCGCGCCCAUCGGACCCCUUUCUCCUUGAGGCAUCGAUCAAGGACAACCCCUGGUCCAGAGUGGGGCUCUUCACAAAAGGUGGAUCUGGUCUCCCAGCCCACUCUGGUGGUGAUGCUAGAAGAUAUUAACAACCCCAGUUCCCCAGCUGAGGACUUCUCCAGUGAGACUUCCAGCUCCCUUUCCCAAGUGCGAAGGGCCAAGACCACCAGCAGGGUUCUCCAGUCAGUGCCUCCACCCAGGGACAUGGAGCCCCCAUCCCAGACAUCCGCCCUGCCUGCAGACCCACCGGAGAGCUCACCACCAGCCCCGGAUCCUGUUCUGGAAACCUCCGAGGCCCCACCUGUGUCCAGUCUUUUACGCCCCCGCCUCAGUCCCUGGGGGUUGGCACCCCUGUUUCGAUCCGUCCGCUCCAAGCUGGAGAGCUUUGCUGACAUCUUCCUCACCCCCAACAAAAUCCCACGUCCGCCACCCCCAUCGCCCCCCAUGAAGUUGGAGUUAAAGAUUGCCAUCUCCGAGGCUGAGCAGCCUGUGGCUGCUGAGACCACCAUGUCUGUCAGUCCCCGGCCCCCCAUCCGCCAGUGGCGGAUCCAAGACCCCAGCACCCCAGUAUCACUCCCUAAGUCCUCUCUGGGUCGAAGUAACUCCUGCCCUGACCUGGGCCCCCCCAGCCCAGACAUCUGCAGCUGGCCCCCAAUUCCACCCCACAGAAGUGGGUCCCGGCGGCACACUGUGGGUGGUGGGGAGAUGGCCCAAGCACCCCCACCUCCUAGACCUUGUCUCCGGAAAGAGGUCUUCCCUCUUGGGGGGCUAGGAAGUUCUUCCCUCGUCGCAUCUUGCUCGUCCACCACAUCCACUUCCUUCUCAGAACCUGCAGAUCCCAGGUCGGGCUCAACCAAAGGGAAGGAGCCCAGGAUCUCAGAGGAUCAGGUGUUUUCAAGCCCUGAGACCAAGACCAUGGGAAAGGUUUCUCGGUUCCGAAUACGCAGGACACCAGCCCGUCCUCAGCUAAAUCUUACACCAAUGGGGCUGCCUCGGCCAAUCAGGUUGAAUAAGAAGGAGUUCAGCUUGGAAGAAAUUUACACCAACAAGAAUUAUCAGUCACCUACAACCAGAAGAUGCUUUGAGACCAUCUUUGAGGAACCUCGGGAGCGCAACGGGACUCUGAUUUUCACCGGCUCGAGGAAGCUUCGGAGGGCCGUAGAAUUCCGGGACAGCAGCCUUCCCCGAUCACGGCGGCCAACUCGAGGGGUUCGGGCUGCAACUGGCAGGACCCACCCACCCAGCAUGGCCUCCAGCUCAGAUGUGGGACCCCUGCUGCAGCAGCGGCUGGACGAGCUGGAUACCUUGCUCCUAGAGGAGGAGGAAGUGGAUACGGAGCAACCUCACUCCUAAAUGAACCUGGGAGCAUCAUUUAUUCAGCAGCCCUGGAAUGGGGCAAGCCUCUGAGGCAGUUCUAUUUUUUUUCUCUGUUUGUAGUAAAGCUUUCGAUAUGA